GCCGAGCGCGCCGGUGUCCUCUCGGGUCCCGCCCCUCCGCCGUCGGCCUCUCUCCCAGUCGUACUAGGGCUUGAUGCGGUCCUGCAGUUGCUUCCAUUAGUAAAUCUUCAAACCCAGGUUCCCAGGCUCGUCCCCUCCCACCCCCCACAGCUGUCGCAUAACCCCCGCUUUGCCCGAUACAAAGUCAGUUAUUGCGCGAUUAUCGUCUUUUAAAUACUGGCACAGACUUAAGCACAGUAAGCAUGCUGUGCUUUAUUAUUUUAUUAUUUCCACGGCAUUGUUUGAAAUAAAAGGUAGAAAUCACUGAAGCAUUUAAAUAUUUCUAAGGAAUUUUUAAUGGCGUUCCUUUAGGAAUGGGUAAUUUUUUUUCUUGAACCACAAGGCAAGCGUAUAGACACAUAGUAGCAACUAUGUGCUAAAAAGUAUUAUGCUGAGAAUUCUUAUUACAGUGGAGGUUUGAAUGUGUGUGUGUGUUUUGUUUUUAUAAUCAUGCUAUUCUAAAGUUGGAAAGUAGUUCAGAAAUAUAUGCCAACGCCCUUAGUUUAUAGAUUUAAAAAAAAAAAAAAGUCACUUGGAAGUUUUCAUGGAACUUUCUCAGUACCACUAUAAAACAGAUCACUGAAUCUGUUUUAUAGUGGUACUGACUGAAUCACUCACCGAAAUAAAAUACAUCCUGCCUAUGUUGAAUAAUGUUUUUAUGUUGAAUAAUUCUUAGAUCUAAGUUGGGUUUUUUGGUGGUGGUGAUGUGUUUGCUUCUUUUUAAUUUGUUGCAGUAUAGAAACAAAACAAAAGCAAACCCGUUGCUGUGGAGUUCGACUCAGUGACCCAACGGGACAGAGCAGAACUGCCCCCAUAGAGUUUCCAAGGAGCGGCUGGUGAAUUGGAACUGCUGACCUCUUGGUUCUUAGUGUAGCUUUUAACCACCACGCCACCAGGGAAGGGAAAAUUAGAACUAACCUUUGAAUGCCUACUCUAUCUCCUAUGUGCUAGGAGCCCUCAUAUUCCUUAUCAUGUAUAAUCCUUACAAUAACCCUGUAAAGUAGGUAUUACCCCAGUUUUUAUAAAUAAGGACGCUGAGUUAAUGAGAGUAAAUAAUGGCCAUUUGACCUCCAGGGCAGCAGAUUACAGUCUAGGUAUACAGGAUUUUCAUAGGCUUAUUUCUUUCUAUGAUGAGCUAAUAUAUAUUAGGUGAUUACACUUUUGUAAUGUUUGAUAUGUCCACCAUUUAUUUGGUCUUGACGAAAAAGGCUAGACAUGAUGGUUGUGUGCAGAAGAAAUAUUUUGUUUUUGAGCUCUGCCACUUAAAGAUAUAAAGGUGUCAAACUUCAUCUGUUGUAUUGAUUCUUGAGAUUGUAAAAGUUACAUGAAGAAAAAAAAAUUUCACUUAAAGUAGUAAUCUGUAAUAUCUCAUACCUGGUGACAUAGCAUAAUUUCUUUUGGGCCCAUAAAUGGAAUGAAAGUUUUACAUCUCAUUUUAAUCUUGAAAAUUGUGUAAUUGAUACGAUUCCAGUUUUUCAGGUGGCAGUCAUUGAAUAGAAAUAUUUCUUUCUUUACUGCUUGUUGAUCUAGUGAGUGAUGGUGCUGCAAAAACCACCCAGGAAAGCUCAACACAGGUUUAGAUCCCGAGUCUAACCAGUUGUGGUGAAGUUGAUUCUGAUUCAUGGCAACCCCAUGCCCCACAUGUGUCAGAAGAGAACUGUGCUCCACAGGGUUUUCAAUGGCUGUUGUUUUGAAAGUAGAUUGCCAGGCCUUUCUUCUGAGGUACCUCUGAGUGAACUCAAACCACUAACCUUUCAGUUAGCAUCUGGUGCGUUAAUUAUCUGCACCAGUCACGAACUCCAGAUCCUGAGUCUGCUACCUUUCAUUCUAGGAAUCAUCAGCAGUUAAACAAUGCCUAAGACAUAAGUGGAAGGAAGGGGAGAGUAGGAAGCAAAAAAGAAGACAUGGUAUAUCCUGAGGAAAGAAAAAAUAGAAUCCUUCCAACAAUUGUCUUAUUCAGAUCCUUCUUAACAGAAGAUACCUGAAAGGCCCUGGAAUCUGGAGAGUAGAACUGUGCUCUAUAGGGUUUCAGUGGCUGUAAUCUUACUAGAAGUAGAUUGCCAGGCCUUUCUUCCAUGGUGCUGCUGGGUGGAUUCAAACCAACCUUUUGUCUAUUGAAGACAAUGAAGUGUAUUUGCCUAAUGAUGAAAUUUGGACCUAUGAUAUUGAUAGUGGGUUGUGGACAAUGCACCUAAUGGAAGGAGAACUCCCUACCUCCAUGUCAGGAAGUUGUGGUGCUUGCAUUAAUGGAAAGCUGUACAUUUUUGGAGGAUAUGAUGACAAAGGAUACAGCAAUCGACUUUAUUUUGUUAACUUGCGAACAAGAGAUGGAACAUAUGUUUGGGAAAAAAUCACCAACUUUGAAGGACAACCACCUACACCACGGGAUAAACUUUCCUGCUGGGUAUAUAAAGACAGGUUAAUAUAUUUUGGUGGUUAUGGGUGUAGGAGACACAAUGAACUCCAAGACUGUUUCGAUGUUCAUGAUGCAUCUUGGGAAGAGCAGAUAUUCUGGGGAUGGCAUAAUGAUGUCCACAUAUUUGACACAAAGACACAGACUUGGUUUCAACCAGAAAUUAAAGGUGGAGUUCCACCACAGCCACGAGCCGCACAUACGUGUGCAGUUCUUGGAAAUAAGGGAUAUGUCUUUGGCGGACGUGUUUUGCAAACUAGGAUGAAUGAUUUGCACUAUCUAAACUUAGAUACCUGGACUUGGUCUGGAAGGAUUCCUAUCAACGGCGAAAACCCAAAACAUCGUUCAUGGCAUACUUUAACUCCAAUAGCUGAUGAUAAGCUUUUCUUAUUUGGUGGACUAAGUGCAGAGAAUAUUCCAUUAAGUGAUGGUUGGAUUCAUAAUGUCAUAACAAAUUGUUGGAAACAACUUACACAUUUACCUAAAACAAGACCCAGGUUAUGGCACACAGCCUGUUUGGGAAAAGAAAAUGAAAUAAUGGUAUUUGGUGGGAGCAAAGAUGAUUUACUUUCCUUGGAUACAGGUCACUGUAAUGAUUUAUUGAUCUUUCAAACACAGCCUUAUUCACUUCUCAGGUCAUGCCUUGACUGCAUUGGUAAAAAUGUUAUCAUUUUAGAAAGUCAGAUAUCUUUAUUACCUCCUAAGCUUCUGCAACAAGUAUUCAAAAAGAUAACAUUUUGGACUGCGGCUAAUCACCGAGAAGAACAAAGAUCCCAAACGGAAGAAACAGAAAAUAAACGUCAGUGGAUCAGUAGCAAUUAAGCUGUUAUAUACUCUAUAUAUUUAAAAUGUUUAAACAUUGUAAUCAGACUAUAAAGUUUACCCCCCCAUAUUGGAGGCUUUAUUUGGAAGACAAAAUUGGAAACAAAAAUGCUUUUGUAGAGUGAUUAUAUGGCAGGGGAUAUACAAGAAUUAGAUAUUAACAAUAGUACAUUAAAUUUAUAUUUGUAAACCAAUUUCCUUAUAAGCUGCAGAGUAGAUACUGUUCCUGAAAGUAAGUACAAUUAUAGGAGAUUUUAGCUCAAUAUGUACUCUUUACUGGAGAGAUUAUUCAAAUUUGAGGAGAAUAAGAAGUUAUCCCCAAGAACCUCAGAAACCUUCCAGCAUAAUUACAGAUAUGUAUAUAAAAACACUACUUAUCAACUUUGAGGAAGGACAGAUUUUCUCAGGUCACUUUAAAAUCACCUUAAGCUUCUCCUUAAAUAACUCAGUGGUUAACACAGCUGGCCAAAAAUUAUAAAAUAGGCAAACACCAGUAUGGGAUUAAAUAUGAACUCUUACCCUUUUAGCACUUACCUAGGAAAGUAUUCUUAGGCAGCAUAUUAACUUUUUCUCAGCCUUCUUUCAAUAAGGGAAUAAAUGUCUUCCAUCGCCUCUCUGUUACCCCUAAAUUCAGUUCCCUUGUCCAAAUACACACGCACCAUGAUUUAAAGUAUAUAAAGUUGAGGUUUAUUUAUAAUGCAUUCAGGCUUUGAAAUAUUGAGAAGCAGUUUAUUAAUUUUUGAGACAUGUUAAAAUACAUUUUUCUUUUAAGAAGAGUGCUUCUAAAGUAAUUUUCAUAAGUAAUGAAAUGGGAUGGUAACCUAGUAAUUUGACUCAGUAAAAACCCUCGUAUUGGCCCACUCCAUUCUACAGAGUUGGUGCUCAAGAGGCCAGGAUGUUGAAAAUCUGGUUAUCUUCCCUUUUAUUUUCAGUAUUACCAUCUGUACAAAAACGGAACACUCUAUUUCUCUCUACAGUCCUCAAAGUGGUACUUUUGCCGUAAUUGUUUUCUUCAUUUUAACACCCUUCCAUUGAAUUACUAAAAAUUCCAGUAUAUGAAAUUAUUCUCUACAAUAUCACCAUGCAAGUUAUCUCCAACAUUUAAAAUGUUCGAGAAAAUAUAUUUCUACAUUGAACUAUAUAUAAUUUAUAAUGAAGAUUAUAGUUAUUUGUAGUAUCUUCAAUCAGUAAAUUUUAGAGAUAUAUUUUAUAUAUGCAUAUGCACUGUAUUUUGAAUGUGUAAAGCUUCUACUUAAGUGUUGAAAUAUUUUGUGUUUACAUUUUACUGUACAAAGUAUACAGAAUUACUAUUUUCAUUGUUUUGUCAGUGUGAAUCAGUCAUUAGAGUUGAUUGUGCAAAAAUAUUUGUGUUUUCAUUUUUUCUUACCAUUUGUAGGUAAAUGAAUCUCACACAUAACAUCCAUCUUAGAUGUAAUUCUUUCAAACUUCAGUAUCAACAUUUUAUAUUUAAGGCAAAAGUAUAGCAAAACCUACCUGGAUUGUAAUGAAUGAGAUUGAGUGGAAUGAACACCUUUUAAAAUGACUUCUGGAUUACGUGAAUGCCUUCUCCAGACUCUUAGAGGAGCUUGUCUGUUUUUAAAUAUUUUGAACAUUAAAAGUUGGGUUAGCCUCCUCAAGAUACCUUCAUUUGGGUUUCAAGAGAAUUAAAAUCUACGUAUUAUCUAUGGCACAUGAAACUCGUGUUAUUUGACUUAAUAUACCGUGCUGCUUCAAAAAGUUAAGUGUCCUGGGGUAGCCCCAUAGUAGGAGUAGCAGGGAAUACUGACCUUUUACCUCAACUUCUGACCCUAACUUAAACCAGGGCUUCCCUGCUAUUAGGAGGUGUAGAAAUUCAGGGAGUAGACAAAGCCAAUUUUCAAGUUCCAUAGGCCAAACAGUAUUCGUUCCUCACUCCUCACCAGCUAAUAGUUUACUAUGAGUUUGCGUGCUGUUGACCUCCACUGUAUAUAAAUAAAAUUGGCUCUAGGUAAAUAUGUAUUGAUUCAUGAGUCCAGAAAUGUUUUUUUUGUGGUCCAGAGAUCCAGUCCCGUAGAAGCUGUGGCUCCUUAGCAUUCUGAGGAUAGAAUGCAGUAGGUACUUAGGAGACAUUAGUGAUCAUUGUUAUAUCUGUAAUGCCACGGGAGUCAAGCAGUGACCUGAUUUAAAGAGGGGCCGUUUCACAAGGAUUUUAAAAGUACAAUAUUAGAAAAUACUACUGAAUCUAUUCCUAAUUCCACUUCUCUCCAUGGCAACCCACUCAUUCCUGUGAUGAGUAUUUUGUGUGUCUUCCCUGUGUCAGGCACUGUACUAGGUGCCUGGAAUAUAGUAGUAAAUAAGACAGAUGUAGCCCCUACCAUCUUAAAGCAGGGGAGACUAACAAUAGACAAUAACAAUGGUUUUAUUAAGUGCUAUGGAGAAUUUCAGAGUAUGUUAACAGUGUAUGGCAGGGAGCCUAAAAGUGGCCUGGGAAGUCUGGAAGGGUGUCUCUGAGAAAGUUCUAAGUAAGCUGAGGUGAAGGAUAAGUUAGUUAGACUCCCAGUUCUUCCAGGGAACAGCAAGUUUGAAGGUCCUGGUGUUAAAAGGAGUUCGAUGUGUCUGAAGAACUGAGAGAAUGCUAGUGUGGCUGGAGCAAGCAAGAAGCAGCCAGGAAUUGAAGCUACAAAGGUAAGGUGGAGCCAGGCCAUGCUGGGCCUUGUACACCUUUAUGAUAAGAAUUUUCAACUCUUAUCUCAAUAGCAAAUGAGAGCCAGCUCAAGGUUUUUAAUAGAGAACACAUUUGAUCAGAUUUACAUUUCUGGUUCACACAAUGGCUAAACCUAAUUUAGUAUAAAUCCAUUACUCCAGGAAAGGACACUACUGCAAGGAAUCCUGGUGAGACAGAAGGAAACAGACGUGGGGCAGCAACCAGGCUGGAUAGCAAGUAAGGUCUCAACAGCUACCUGUUGAUUUCCUUCUUGGAGGCUCAAACUAAUCCUCUUAAAUAAAGCUCUUCUCUUGAGUUCAGUUAAACACACAGAAAGUGGUCAGGGAAGGAAUUUCAGGCUCUGAAAAUUUUAGUGAGGAAAGCCUGUUUCUUGUACACAGUGGUUCCUGGGUGAAGAUGAGGGAGAGAUUAACAUUUCUCCCACCAAACAUCAAAUUACAGAAGCACCAUUAGAUUAGGGAUUUAAAAGGCAUUCUAGUCCGAUCCUAUUUUACACGUGAGGAAUCAAGAUUAGAUUACAAUAGUUCUUAAUUUUCUUUUGGCCUACUUGAAAUUACAUAAAAUGAGAGAGAAAACAGGCUGUGUGUGUUGACAGGGUUCGCCUCCUUCCCUGAAGGGCUGGGCGGUUACUGUUCCUAAAACGCUUUUUGCGCACAAUUCAACAAGGUAGGUGAAGGAUUCAGCAAUAAAAUAAAAUCUCUCCGGAUGAGCGAAGACGACAGGAGCCGCUGGAUGGGAAGUCAGGUAACUGGGAAGUCAAAGCGCGCACCACGUGCACCUGUGCGGUUCAGUGGGAAUCUCGAGGGUGGUCGCCCUGAGCAACUGGAACUGCGACCACGUGGAAAAACUGAGGUGUCAACUCUCGUGUCCUUAA